UGUUGACACAAAAUGGUCGAGUAUGUUUUGUGACCCGGGAGUUUAGCAGGCCUAAAAGUUGUACCUUAUCAUUCGGCACGCAGAACAGCUAUUUGAAUAGUACAUAGUAGACCAUUGCCUACAUCAUAGAGGACGCUAAAACAAGCCGAAUGAAGAGAGCGGCUGCAAAGCAUCUAAUUGAGCGCUACUUUCGCCAGUUAACAGAGGGCUGUGGAAAUGGGGCCUGCACGAAUGAGUUGUGUGCUUCGUGUCUUGGUUUUCAACCGCUGGAUCACAACACGGCGGCCAUCAGAGCCCUGGAGCUCUAUAAAAUUAACACCAAACUGUGUGACCUUCACCCCUCCGCUGCCUUCCCUGACAACAACAGUGCCGAGGACACACAACCUGCCUUAUUGGGCGACCGCCACGGGAAGAUGACAGACAACCUGUUUCCCCCUAGGGAAGACUUCAGAGAUGUGCAUUACCUGACCGAGGAGAAGGUGUAUGAGAUCCUGAGUAUCUGUGAGGGUAAGAAGGACUACUCUCCUCUGAUCCGAGUCAUCGGGAGGAUCUUCUCCAGCGCUGACGGUCUGGUGCGGAGCUUCAGGAAAGACAAGGAGCAACACCCCAACACCAAGGAGCAGCGUAAGACCCACCAGGCCAAAGACGAGGACAAGGACGAGGACGACAAGGAGAGAACCACCGCCAUGGAGCAGGAAUCAGAGGCCUCAGCGUCCAUGGAAGGAGCGACGGGAUCGACGGAGAACAGACUGGGUCCUGUGGAGGUCUCAGUGGACAUAGAAGCUGUGAGGAGAGUGUACGACAGACUCCUCUCCAACGAGACGAUGGAAUCAGCCUUCCUCAACGCCCUGGUCUACCUAACUCCCAACGUAGAGCUGGAUCUAACCUAUCUGGACGUGUACGACACCAACCCAGACUACCUGAACAUCUUCGUCAUCGUGAUGGAGAACAGCAGCCUCCACAGCCCAGAGUACCUGGAGAUGGCCAUGCCUCUGUUCUGUAAGUGUAUGAGUAAACUCCCUCUGCCUGCCCUGGCCAAGCUGACGCGCCUGUGGUCUCGGUACAGUGUAGAGCACAUCAGGCGUAUGAUGGAGACCUUCCAGCAGCUCAUCACCUACACGGUGAUCAGCAACGACUACGACAGCGACAGUCUGGUAAACGAUGACGAGGGCGUUGUGGCGGCCACCAAGUGUCUGAAGCUGGUGUUCUACGCCAACGUGCUGGGAGGUGACCUCGAUACGGGCCACAACGAAGAGGAGGAGGAGGAGCCCCCGUCUGAGUCCAGCGAGCUCACCCUGCAGGAGCUCUUAGGGGAGGAGAGGAGGAACAAGAAGGGUCUCCGGGUCGAUCCUCUGGAGAAGGAGCUGGGCGUCAGGACCCUGGACUGCAGACGACCCCUCAUCCCCUUCGAGGAGUUUGUCAACGAGCCGUUGAACGAUGUUCUAGAGAUGGACAAGGACUUUACCUUCUUCAAGGUGGACUCGGAGAGUAAGUUCUCCUUCCAGAGCUGUCCCUUCAUCCUCAACGCCUGCACCAAGAGCCUGGGUCUGUACUACGACAACCGCAUCAGCAUGUACAGCGAGAGGAGGAUCACGGCGCUCUACAGCCUGGUACAAGGGCAGCAGCUCAACCCGUACCUCAGGCUCAAAGUACGACGAGACCACAUCAUCGACGACGCCCUCGUCAGGUUAGAGAUGAUCUCCAUGGAGAACCCAGCGGACCUGAGGAAGCAGCUGUUUGUGGAGUUUGAAGGCGAGCAGGGCGUCGACGAGGGAGGAGUCUCUAAAGAGUUCUUCCAGCUAGUCCUGGAGGAGAUGUUCAACCCUGAUAUUGGCAUGUUUACGUAUGAUGAGUCCACCAAGCUGUUCUGGUUCAACCCGUCCUCUCUGGAGAAUGAGGCCCAGUUCACCCUGAUCGGCAUCGUCCUGGGCCUGGCCAUCUACAACAACUGCAUCUUGGAUGUUCACUUCCCCAUGGUGGUCUACAGGAAACUGAUGGGGAAGAAAGGGACCUAUCUUGACCUGGCAGACUCUCACCCGGUUCAGUACCAGAGUCUGAAGGAGCUGCUGGACUAUGAGGGCGACGUGGAGGAGGACAUGAUGAUCACCUUCCAGAUCUCACAGACUGACCUGUUUGGAGACCCCAUCACUUACGACCUGAAGGAAAACGGGGACAAGAUACCUGUUAAUGUGGACAAUAGAAAGGAGUUUGUGUCUCUGUAUGGCGAUUACAUCCUUAAUAAGAGUGUGGAGCGCCAGUUCAAAGCCUUCAGGAGGGGCUUCCAGAUGGUCACCAACGAGUCUCCUCUCAACUGUUUGUUUAGACCUGAAGAGGUGGAGCUACUCAUCUGUGGAAGCAGGAAUUUAGACUUUCACGCACUUGAAGAAACAACCGAGUAUGACGGAGGCUACAACAAAGACUGUCGCAUUAUCAAAGACUUCUGGGAGACGGUGCAUUCGUUUGGUGAGGAGGAUAAGAGACUUUUCCUCCAGUUUACGACGGGGACUGACAGAGCACCCGUAGGAGGCCUGGGCAAGUUAAAGAUGAUCAUCGCCAAGAACGGCCCCGACACAGACAGGUUACCUACUUCUCACACGUGUUUUAAUGCCUUGCUGCUCCCAGAAUACGACACAAAGGAGAAGCUGAAGGAGAGACUUCUCAAAGCCGUCACUUACGCCAAAGGAUUUGGAAUGUUGUGAAACAAAAACUACUCUGAUAAAAAAAUAAAUACAUUUCAAUGGUUUAAAUGUUUUAAUGGAUACGGAAGGAGUUUUACAAUACAAUGAGACAUGAGUUCAAAUUUUUUAAAGUGGCAUUAUGACAAGGAAGUGUUCCAGUGGUGUGUGCCAAGAUAUCAAUUAGACAAGACACUUUGAUCUACCCCCCCCCCCCCCCCCCUCAGAUCUCUCUAGUGUACAACCUCUCCUUAUUUUCUAGCUUUUUCAAAUAGUUUAAAUCAGUCAGAAUGCUUCACUGGAGCUCGAUUCUUCUACGUGUGUUUAUUAUAGAUGGUUGACGUGUAAAGACAUCUGAAGCAGGUUAUCAUCGUGUCUGAUUUGUUGUGAAAGUGCACUUAACUUAACGCUCUGAAUGUCAGUGAAUGGUAUAUAUAUACAGGACUGUAUACUUCCGUCCGGUGACAUUUUUGUUUGUUUAUGGGAUCGUAAAAGUCUUCGCAGUCAAUAUAUUCUGUCAUCGCCAGCAGUGUUGUCGGUUAAACUUCCUAAAAUGAAAUCCCUCUUCAUAAUGCAUUAUAAGUGCAUUCUUAAUACCUUGUGAGUUAUGCAUUUUAAUACCUGACAUAGGUGCUUAUAGCUGUUCAUAAGCAUCUAUAAUGCAUUAUUAAGAGGGUGUUCAUAUGAAGUGUUAGCAAGUUGUCUAAGGCAGGGUUUCCCAUACUCGGUCCUGCCCCCCCCCCGCCCCCCCCCCCCAAAAGCUUAAUGAGUUUGGUUAUUUGAAUCGGCUGUGUGCCGCUAGGUCAAAAACCAAAAUGUGCACCCAUGGUGGAUCCCAGCACCGGACUGUUCUCACCAUGUACACCAAUAGUGUUCCUGCUCUGCAGCCUCUGUGCAAAUGGCACACUAUUCCCUGCACAAUGUUACUACUUUUGACCAGGGUCCAUAGGAGUACACACUGUGUAUGGCAGGGGUCUCCAACCCUGUUCCUGAAGA